GUUGUUCAUGGAUAAGUACAAAUCAUCUGUUAAAUUAAACUCUUAUGAGCUAUUGUAAAGUGAACAAAGAAAUUCAACAAACAAACAUGACUGUAGUUGUUGCGAUACCAUUUAAGUAUGGAUGAUAGUUUAUAGACAUUGCUUUAGUCUGUAAAUGUUCUUGGAAAAGCUCAUAUAUGACAACAAUACAUAUAUUUCAUACAUGUUGCUAUCACAUACUGUAACCUGUACUUGUAUUCAUGGUUUUGGAUAAUAAUACAUUAUAUUAUUUCAUUAUUUCUGUCACUGUAGAGAAAAAAUGAAGAGAUUGUUUUUCCCCGGGCGAAUCAGUGUGGUCUUCCGCAAGGGCCCACUGGGAUUCCUGCUGCAGGAUCCCACCGAGGAGGCCAGGCAAAUUAAGGACAACCCGUCGAGGAGGGACAAGUCUCCUGUUGCACAGCAGGAGGUUGUAAGGCAAUACGCCCUUGCAGUGGUCCGUCAGAGAGGGGGAGAUGCUUCAGACCAAACUGAAGUACUGGGCGAGUACAUCCUGCAGUUUGGGAAGUACAAAGAUAUGUCCUUCCGCUGGCUCCUGGAGAAUGACAUGGGAUACACUGUGUAUCUUAUCCAAAGCCACCAGAGAGAGGAGGCUGCAGGAGUGCUGGUGGUUGAGGGGCAUAGCAAGGACAGCCUUCUGUCAUUCCUUCGCUAUGCCCUCAGCUUCAAGGAAAUUAAUACUCUUCUUGAGUAUGAGUCCCUAAAAACAUCUGUGCCCGCCCCAGCAGCAGAGGAUGACCAGCUGGUUGGAUUUGAUGCACGCGCCAGUAACACCUGGAGGGAGAUUUGGGAGAGCAGGGAUGAUGGCUAUGCAGCCUUCAUCUUAAGAAGAAAGUGCGCGACGGGUACAAAAAUGCACAAACUGCAACAGUACCUGCAGAAGCAGCAGCAGCAGCAACAGCAGCAACAGCAGCCCUCCACCUCUUUUACCAUCGCCUCCACAACCUUUGAUGAGAGCACGCUAAGGACGAAGACGAAGAGCUGGAGAAAGCCAUGCUCAGCAUCUCUCCAGAUAUACUCAGUGGAUCUGCUCCACCAACAUUAGAGCUGCUACGGUUUUCAGGUCCAGGGCGAAGUUCUUAAAUAACGACCGACCUCAAAGGGCAUUUUGUGAUUGCAUGUGUUCUCGUCACGUUCUACUUUUGUUCCUUUCAUGUGUGUUCUACCUACAGUCCAAGUGACUGACUAUGAAUUGAUACAGCCUACGAGAGGAACAUGCACCGACUGGCCCAGAUGCACCAGACGAUGCACCAGCUGUGCUGCCUCCAAAGAUUCCAGUGCCUUUCCCACGGGAGUUGAUGUUUCUGCUACCAGAGAAAACAAAGACCAAAGAAGAGACCGCACAGCCUGCCCCAGAAACUGCAUGUGCUCCUGGGAGCCCUGUAGCCUCCACUCUAUCUGCAGCAGAGCCACAGUCUGCACAGCGACCCCACAACCAACCACCAGUCCCACCUACGGCAGUCCCACCUACGCCUCCACCUCAACAAUUUCUGUCAUUUGACCAGGAGGUCAAUAAGUGGAACUGCACACACCAGCAGAAAAUAUGGAUGAAGUUGGAACUGGAGUCCAUGGGUCUGUGGCCAGGCUCCCGCCCUGUCAACAACCCUAUGAAAACCUUCUCCCUGUGGCGCUUACCUCCCCAGCCUGAGCUGAUUGACAGUAUUUAUGAUCUGCCGUCCCCAAAGUAUUUUCAUCUUCAUCCCUUUUUCGUCUGGAAGCCGGAAAAUGACUACUUGAUGGGGCGGCUAAAAAACAACUACACCCUGCCGUGCUCUGGUGACUGUUCUCAGCCACGUGUUGUCUCUGCUGGAGUCGGGAGACCGCGAGUGAUUGUGGGCCUCACUGGACAAUACUACCUGCUCUCCUCCAGGCUGUGCUGUAAGAGCUGCAAUAACAGGUGGUAUUCCGACAACCCGCUCUGGCUGGAAAAGCUUCCCAAGAGGUUUACCAAUCUGUUGCCAGCGUUACUGACUUACAAGAAGGCCAUCUGUAAGUCAGUACUGGAUGAGUUGAGACGGACUGGAAAAUCACCCACAGACAUGGCAAAUCAGGUCAACAAGAUGUUGCAUCUCAAGUAUGAGCGUGCCAACUCCGUGCCAAGCCAUCUCCUGUGCUGCCAGAAUGUCAUGGAUGGAGAGGCAGGAACUUAUGGCGGCCAAAAGACCAUCACUCAGUUCCUUCGGCAGGAGCGAAAACCGUAGCCUUUUGGGGGCUACAGUGAUGGCUGGAACGGGGUCUCUGUGUCUGCCCACUACCUCACCGACUGCUUGCUGCAUGAGUUCCGGAACCAGAAGGACACCAUUCAGCGGAUGCUGCAGGGUACCUUUGGACAGGCUUUCCGCUCAGACCACACCCGGAAAGUGGCCAAGAAAGUCACCUUUUCAUCUGGUGUCAUGUCGUCAUACGCUGUGAUGAAUGAGAACUGGAUGAUCCUGUCCUGGGUCAUGGUGCAGUCUGAGAUGGACAAAACCCUGCGGCCGAUGUAUGAGGGUCUCUCAAACCCUCAAACAGGGCUGGCAUUGAGAAAGCCCAGUUUCAGUGGGUUGACAGAGAUUGCUGCGCACCGUUCAGGGUUGCAGAGUCUUCUGCGGAGGAACACCUCAACUGGGAUGCCUGGCAAACAACUGACGCAAUUGUUACUGAGGCCACAUCUGGGAGCCUGUUGAAUACAUGUGCAUCAAGAACCUCUUACAACAACAGUAUCGUCAUCAAGAUGGACUUGUUCCACUGUAUGCGACGGCUUCUUCGUGAGUGUGCCUCAGAACAUCACCCGUUAUACGGCACCUUCGCACAGUUCCUGUUGGCUGCCUUCUCUGUGGUGGACCAGGAAGACCUGCAGAGGCUCCAGGAUGCAUACGUCUUCUGUGGCAUCCAGCCUGCAAAUCCCACCAAGCAGCAUAUUCGUGAGCACUGCAGGAUAAAGAUUCCUCCGCCCGGGACGCUUAUUCAGAGAGUGGAAGGGGUGUUGAAGCACUUUCACCUGACCACAGAUCCGAAUGGCAUCCCUCUUUAUAAGCCCUCCAUGCUAAAGUGAUGGAGGAUCCAACGAGUCCACAUUCUGCGCGGUUGCCUCAGUGAUCCUGAGGUGGAAGGGGGCAUACUGUACCGCCGUGGAGGAAUGAUACAGUUAAACCACGUGCCAU